AUGGGUAGAACACGAGAGGAUCCCGUUCAAGAUUUUCAAAUAGAAAACUGUGAUGAACAUUACGGAAACGCAACGUCUGAGAUAUGUGGCACACUAAAGGAUCCGCCCCAAGAUGCUCAAACAGAAAACUUUUGUGAACAUAACGGAAACGCAUCGUCUGAAAUGAGUGGAACACGAGAGGAUCUGGUCCAAGAUGCUCAAACAGAAAACCGUGUUAAACAUAACGGCAACACACCGACUGAUAUAGGUGGAACACAAGAGGAAUCAGUUCAAGAUUUUCAAAUAGAAAGCCUUGAUGAAAAUUGCAGAAACGACACAUCUGAAAUGGAUGGAACACUAGAGGAUCCGACUCAAGAUGCUCAAAAAGAACAGCUUGGUGAACAUAACGGAAACGCACCGUCUGAUAUAGGUGGAACACUAGAGGAUCCAGUUCAAGAUUUUCAAAUAGAAAACCGUGAUGAACAUUACGGAAACGGACCAUCUAAAAUGGACGGAACACUAGAUCCGGCUCAAGAUGCUCAAACAGGAAACCUUGAUGAACAUAACGGAGACGAACCGUCUGAAAUAUGUGGCACACUAGAGGAUCCGCCCCAAGAUGCUCAAACAGAAAACUUUUGUGAACAUAACGAAAACGCAUCGUCUGAAAUGAGUGGAACACGAGAGGAUCUGGUCCAAGAUGCUCAAACAGAAAACCGUGUUGAAAAUAACAAAAACGCACCGUCAGAAAUGAAUGGAACAGUAGAGAAUCCAGCCAAAGUUGCUCAGACGGAAAAGCUUGAUGAACAUAACGGAAACGCAUCGUCUGAUAUUAGUGUCACACUACAGGAUCCGGCCAAAAUCGCUCAAUCGGAAAAGCCUGGUGAACAUCACGGAAACGUACCGUCUGAAAUAGGUGGGACACUAGAGGAAACAGUUCAGAAUUUUCAAUUGAAUCACCUUGAUGAACAUUACGGAAACGCAUCGUCUGAAAUGAUAGGAACACGAGAGGAUCUGGUCCAAGUUGCUCCAACAAAAACCCUUGGCAAACAUCACGACAACGCACCGUCUGAAAUUGGUAGAACACUAAAGGAUCCUCAAAUACAAGAAGAUUUGCCAACUACUGAACAAAACGAUCAGCUCCACUUUUCUAUAACACACGAUCAAAAAUUUGAAAAUGUCAACGAGACAUUUGAGUUUGAUAAGAAAACACAGAAAGAUAAUAUACUACCUGAAAAGGAAAAUCUGGAACCCGACAAAUGUAAACAUGAGACUGAAAACAGUCAACCAUUUGCAGAAGCGGCCAAUGAAAAGUACUGCAAGGACAAAUGCGAAUUAACUAACAGUUUUCUAUCGGAGGACAUAGCAAUAGAUGAACAACAGUCGAUCGCCACAACACUGCCACAUCAGCCUUUGGAAAUGAUGAAUGAAAACCCAACUGACCUCGAAAGAGGACUGUUUGAACUGACAGAAGAAGAAAUCUGGGAUGAAUGUAUGAUCGGCUGCCGUACCUGCGGUUCUUCCAAUUCAGUUAAACGUGGGAAGCACACUCGCAGGAAGUUACUGAUCAUCGCUCUUCCACCAGUACUUGUGGUUCACAUCAACAAGAUGGAAAAGGAUGGCUAUGGGGGAUUACGGAAGGUAACCAAGAGAGUGACAUAUCCAAAGUAUCUAAACAUGGCACCAUUUUGUUCUUCCGCUCUCCAGAUGGUUGAGGUUGGAAACACCUCUGCGCGUACCUGGUUCAGAUUGUAUGGAGUGGUGAGUCACGGUGGAUCAAUCCACGGCGGUCAUUACACUGCCUUCGUCAGAGUUAGUCACCAGAAUGCAUCUUCUCUUCAUGACAACUUCCUCCUGACUGAGUGGACGGACCCAGAACGAGUAGAGACUGACAUCAAGAAGUUUUGGCAGGAGAGUUCUCACAGUCAGAGUAUGUCCCCGACAGUAGCACCUGAGGAUACAGCUGACGAUGUCUGGUAUCAUAUCAGUGACUCAAUGGUUUGGACGAGUGAUGAAGGAGCAGCUACAAACGAUGGGGACGCCUACAUACUGAUGUAUGAGAGGUGCGGCUAGAUGACGGCUUUUAUGGCAUUGAUAAUGAAAUAUGCAUUAGUGUGCAUCACUGUCUGAUUAAAAACAACAUAAUUGAAGACCACCUUUACGAUAGAGUUCUGGUUUACGCGUUGCUAUAGUCGUUGUCAUAGACGCAGGUGUAGAAGCACAGAAGAGUUCUACCGACUCUGGAAACAUUUAAACCGACAUCACUAUUCUCCUAGUACAUCCCUGUGACCAAUGUUAAAAUUGUUUUGUAACAGGGAACUACCAACAAUGCAAAUAUCUGAGUGCAUCUAAAUGUUUUUACGGCAAAGUGGCAAUAUAAUGCAUUCGUCAUGCUUCACUUGAUCUGUUGAUUUUAUCGAACUUAUUUAAAUAAAUCAAUAAUAUUGUUCA